UAGAAAGUUUCAAAAGCGCAAAAAGUUAUUGUGCAUUACUGAGCUACAAUUUUAUUAACUAAGCAGCAAUGCGAGGAGUAUAAACAGUAACGGAAUUCAAGUAUUAUUAAGCUAAAUUACACACACACACACACACACACAGAUAAAAUAAACCAGUGGAAGUGGACGCGUCAGCGUCGCAUAUUGUAAAGAGCGUUUAUUGUUUUUAGUGACUGCGUUGAGCUCGACGCGCACAGAUUAUGCGAUAAAAGUUCGAGUUAUGGCAAAAACAACAUCAGAAUGAGUUGCUAGUUUCUUUGUCUACAAAAUAAUCAAACAUUACUGUUUCAAAUCGAACUUCUAAUAUUUUUGGAAACAAAAACGCGAAAUCACCAAAAUGAGUCGAUCCGAUGAAGCGCAUUUGGUGAGCGAUAACGAAGAUGAGGAGUUUGUCUCCAACGAUACACCACGGCUCCUGGAUGCCGCCCACUCAGGACCAGAAGCAGAUCUUAAUCCCGCAAAUGCAGCUGCAACUCCUGAAGACAACAGCUCAGGAUUAGGCCCGGCCAAAUGGUUUAUACUGGAGCCAGCAGUUUUCUUCAUAUUCAUGGCCCGCAGUUUGAUUGGGGCGGUUAUACAGAAUCAGAUACUGUACCAGACCUGUGUCACUAUCAUGCACUACAAUGAAUCGGACUGCGAGCCGCUGCUGGGCAACGAUCGUGGCUCUGAAGCUACCAAAAAACUGGAAGUUAAGGUGCAAUCUUAUUCGGCUGAUAUAACGAUGGCAAUUUCUUUACUGGAAAGUAUUAUACCCGCAUUCGUUAGCCUUUUCAUUGGUCCAUGGUCGGAUAAGUUUGGACGUCGUCCGAUUUUGUUAACUGUGUUUACAGGCUAUGUUGCUGGUGCAACGAUUCUAAUUGGCAUUGCGGAGGUGACGACGUUCAGGAACAUAAGUCCAUGGUGGUUCCUGCUGCCCUCCGUGCCGUCCGUUUUAAGUGGUGGCACCUGUGCGCUUAUUACCGGCAUUUAUUGCUACAUCUCGGAUGUGGCGAAUGAAAAAAGACGCGCAGUGCGCAUGGUGCUCAAUGAAGCAUCCCUCUGCACGGGCUUGAUGGUUGGUAAUGUGGCAAGUGGUUAUAUAUAUGCUUUUACUGGCUCGGUUAUUCUCUUUGCCAUUGCUGCGGGAUUAAUGCUUCUGGGAUUGAUUUAUGUGGUCUUUCUGGUGCCGGAGAGCUUGCCACCAGAGCAGAUGCAUCACGGAUCAAAAAUACGCGAGUUCUUCCGCUUUAGCCUUGUCAAAGAUCUGGUGCGCACCUGUUUGCUGCCCCGCGCUUACUUCGAUCGAGCCAUCAUCUGGCUAACGAUGAUUGCUCUCACCAUUAGCAUCUUCGACAUGGAGGGCGAGAAUACGGUGAGCGUGCUCUUUAUGCGCGAACAAUUCAACUGGACCAUCAAGGAGAUUAGCCAGUUCAAUGCCGCACGCAUUAUCAUUCAAAUUGUGGGCAGCGUGGCAGGCAUGUUUGUGCUACGACGAGUGCUGCGCGUGUCCACUGUCGGCAUUGCGAUGCUGGCCCUCGCUGCUUGCGUUCUCGAGAGCACCGUGAGGGCAACGGCCACGGUACCGAUAGAGAUGUAUGUUGGCAUGACGCUGGGCAUGAUGCGUGGCGUCCUCGGUCCUAUGUGUCGAGCGAUACUUUCGCAUGUGGCACCAGCUACAGAUGUUGGCAAAAUAUUCGCGUUGACUACAUCCAUGGAAAUGGUGUCACCUUUGGUAGCUGCGCCACUUUAUACGGCUGUCUACAAAGCGACUGUUGGCUCUUAUCCGGGUGCAUUCAACUUCAUCAGCGCCGGCAUGGCAUUUCUCUGCUACAUUCUAAUGGCCAUCAUCUUUGGCAUUGUCAAGUCGAUGGGCAGUGGCAGCCCCUAUAAACAGAUUGGCAGCUAAUCGAAGAGAGAGAAUUAGUUACCUUGGCUGCUGGGGCUUAGUUCAAUUUUAUCUACCUUACAGACAAUUAAUGGACUCCAUUUGCUUAAAAUAUGUGAUGUCUAGACACAUUUUUAAAAGACGAUCAGUUUGAUAUUCCACAAGUAUUAUCGUGGUAAAUAACUGUUUUUUUAUAUGUACAUAUAUAAAUAUUUGUUGAACACAAGAUUUUAUAAAUCAAUUUUUUGUGAAUGUACUCGAAAUUGUGAUUGUGAUUGUUUGUCAAUACUUUUUUAUUAACUGCCGUUGCAACUGACAAUAUUAGAAGUACACUGAUUGCUGAGACCAAUAAAUCUGUAAAUAUCAAUACCGAAAAUUAACGAACAGUAUAUCAAAAUAAAAAUACAUAUAAGAUCUCAUGAACUGAUAGUUUAACGCAGUUGAGAGUUCCCCGUUUGCCACCACCUUUGAAAAUAAAUAGUCUUAAAAAU